CGCCAUUGCACCUCCUUUUCCUUCGUGCUCCUUCAGCAGUUUGCACGUGUCUCCCAAGCUCUCGCAAUGGCUUUCGGCGACCUGAAAUCUGACAGCGGUCUGAACUCCCUCAACGACCAUCUCACUCACAAAAGCUACGUCGAGGGGUACCAGCCAUCCCAAGCAGACGUCGCGGCUUUCGAGGCCCUUUCUGCCGCACCGGCUGCCGACAAGUACCCCCAUGCUCUCCGGUGGUACAACCACAUCAAGUCGUUCUCGAAAUCUGAGCAGGCUUCGUUCCCCGGCCAGAAGGGAGCACCAAAGGCGGCGGCGACGAAGACCGCUGCUCCUGCUGCCGACGACGAUGACGACGUCGACCUGUUCGGCUCCGACGAUGAGCCCGACGAAGAGGCCGAGAAGGCCCGCGAGGAGCGACUGAAGGCUUAUGCCGAGAAGAAGGCCAAGAAGCCAGGCGUCAUUGCGAAGUCCAGCGUAAUCCUCGACGUGAAGCCAUGGGACGAUGAAACCGACAUGAAGGAAUUAGAAAAGUGCGUCAGGAGCGUGGGCUGUGACGGUUUGGUCUGGGGAGUCUCGAAGCUUGUUCCUUUGGCGUACGGUAUUCACAAGCUGCAAAUUGUGUGUGUGGUCGAAGACGAGAAGGUCAGCAUCGACUGGCUGUCGGAGGAGAUCCAAAAUUUCGAGGACUACGUACAGUCUGUGGAUGUAGCUGCUUUCCAGAAAAUUUAAUGAGUGUUCUUUUUAAAUAAAUGCUUGCUUUGUUGCGAUA